GUUUAAAAGAAAGAAAAACUUCUUGUUAUAAAGGAACAUUUUUUUUCAACCCAAUGUGACUAUAAAUACCAAUGCUUUCUGUCCAUACAAAGACACACAAUCUGUAACUCAGUCCACUACACAAAUCUAAGAUAUGGCAAAAUGCUAUGCACUGUUUACUGGGAUCCUGCUUCUUUGUUUAUCCGCUGCUGCAAUGGCCACAACAGAAUACAUGAAGUAUAAAGAUCCAAAACUAGCUAUAAAUGUUCGUAUAAAAGAUCUUAUGAGCAGGAUGACUUUGGAGGAAAAGAUUGGACAAAUGGUGCAGAUUGAUCGAACCAAGGCCUCAAAUAAGGUCUUGAAGAAGUACCUUAUUGGGAGUGUGUUGAGCGGUGGAGGAAGUGUUCCGGCUAAAAGGGCAUCUGCAGAAACAUGGGUUGAUAUGGUAAAUGAUUUCCAGAAGGGUUCGUUGUCAACUCGGCUUGGGAUACCGAUGAUUUAUGGGAUUGAUGCCGUUCAUGGGCACAACAAUGUGUAUGGUGCAACUGUUUUUCCUCACAAUGUUGGCCUUGGAUGUACCAGGGACCCGGCUCUGGUGAAGAAGAUAGGAGCAGCAACUGCUCUUGAAGUUAGAGCCACUGGCAUUCCAUAUGUUUUUGCCCCUUGUAUUGCAGUUUGUAGAGAUCCAAGAUGGGGUCGAUGUUUUGAAAGCUAUAGUGAAGAUCAUACCAUUGUGCAAGCAAUGACUGAGAUCAUACCAGGAUUACAGGGAGACAUCCCUGCUAAUUCUCGCAAAGGUGUUCCCUUUGUCGGUGGAAAGCAGAAGGUUGCAGCAUGUGCGAAACACUACCUGGGAGAUGGUGGAACAAACAAAGGUAUAAAUGAAAACAACACCAUUAUAAGCGCCAAUGGAUUGUUCAGCAUCCAUAUGCCAGCUUACUAUAACUCGGUCAUAAAGGGUGUGGCAACUGUCAUGAUCUCCUACUCGAGCUGGAAUGGCGUUAAAAUGCACUCUAACCGUCAACUUAUUACUGGAUUUUUGAAAAACAGACUGAAAUUCAGAGGGUUCGUCAUCUCAGAUUGGCAGGGCAUUGACAGGAUGACUACCCCAGAACAUGCCAACUACACAUGGUCUAUUAUAACUGGAGUGAAUGCUGGCAUUGAUAUGAUCAUGGUACCAUACAACUAUACAGAAUUCAUUGAUGGCAUAAUUCCUUUGGUGAAGGGCAAGUUCAUUUCCAUGACCAGAAUUGAUGAUGCUGUGAGGAGAAUUUUACGAGUUAAAUUUGGUAUGGGUCUAUUUGAGAAUCCUUUGGCAGAUUAUAGCAUGGCCAAGUACCUAGGCAAAAAAGAGCAUCGCGAACUUGCAAGAGAAGCAGUAAGAAAAUCUCUAGUGCUGUUAAAGAAUGGUAAAUAUGCCGACAAGCCAUUGCUACCCCUUUCCAAGAAAGCGCCAAAAAUACUUGUAGUUGGAAGCCAUGCAGACAAUAUUGGUAAUCAAUGUGGCGGGUGGACAAUCGUGUGGCAAGGAAAAAGUGGCAACAUUACAACUGGAGGUACAACAAUCCUAUCUGCCAUAAAGAAAACUGUUGCACCUGAGACGAAAGUUGUGUAUCGAGAGAACCCUGAUGCUAAGUUUGUCAAGAACAACAAAUUCUCUUACGCCAUAGUUGUUGUGGGUGAGCCUCCAUAUGCUGAGACCUUUGGAGAUAGCUUGAGCUUGACAAUUCCUGAAACUGGCAUCAACACAAUCAAGAACGUUUGUGGUGCCAUUAAAUGUGUUGUUGUCCUAAUUAGUGGACGACCUGUUGUUAUUGAACCAUACAUUUCACAAAUUGAUGCACUGGUAGCUGCAUGGCUUCCUGGAUCUGAAGGCCAAGGUGUUGCGGAUGUUCUGUUCGGUGACUAUGGAUUCACAGGGAAGCUAGCGCGUACUUGGUUCAAAAAUGUCGAUCAACUUCCAAUGAAUGUAGGGGAUUCACACUAUGAUCCUCUAUUCCCGUUUGGCUUUGGCCUUACAACCAAACCGUAACCUGUUAAGGCCAAUUAGAAGAGUACCUACAUUGAUUUACAUGUACUAAAGUCUAAAAACAUGAACUCUUUCGUCUGAGAUUUUGCAUUAGUUGAGUUGCAAAUGUAAUGCCUUAACUAUGAGAGUGUUAAACAUCUUAAUGGGAAUAAUAUGAAAGUUUUGUUUA